AUGGCCGGAGCCCUUCCCCCGCCGAACCCUGCUCUCCGACGACAAGUCAUCCAGCUGUACAAAGAACUCCUCCACAUGGGCAAAGAAUAUCCCCAAGGCUACGAUUACUUCCGCCCCCGUCUCCACCGCGCAUUCAUGUCCAAAGCCGGCCUGCGGGACGAAGGGGAGAUCAAGCAGGCCAUUGCCACGGCGCAGUUUGUCCAGAAGGAGUUGCAGGCGUUGUGA